GUGUACAUAGCUGGAAGUUACACGGCGAAGCCCCCCGGCCCACCGCCGCAGACAGGAGGCAUGGGGCUCGAGCCGCCCUUCCUCGCCGUGGGCGCGUCGCGCAAGGCGCGCAGCCUGGCCGGCCCCGGCGGGGUGCCGAUGAGCAUGACG